AUGGCGUCAGCAAGUGACGACCGCGACAGGUGUGACCUCUCCGCAUCCUCCGCGUCGUCCUCCCCACGACCGCGCCGCGCCGACGGCGAUUCGUCGAGCGGAGGCGGGAAGGCGGGAGCGUCCGCGCAUCAGAAUCUCGAGGCGCUGUUGCCGGGAAUGGGCGGCGUGUCCCCCAAACGGCGGGCCCCGCACAAAAAGGAAGGCGUCGGCGCAUGCGGAAACGCAAGCGGGAACGCUGCGCGGAAACCUCCCCGCGGAGGCGGAGGCGCAGACGGGGGGAGAUGUCCUUUCGGGCUUGUGGGGAGUAUUGCGCGGACCAUAGUGGAGGAGGAAGAGGAGGACUUGGCGGAGAGUGAAGGCGCAGAGGGUCUGUCCCGGGAGGAAGGGAGGGAAAGCGGAGAAAGCUGCGAAGACGGCGGAACCCGCGGAAACGGCGGAAACGGCGGACCCCGAGACAGUAGCACCCUGACUCGUGACAUUUUUUUGCCGCAGAAGUUUAGUCCUGUUUGUCUAACUCCAUCCCAUGUCCCGUCUCCUUCCGGUCUGACUAAACCCUCUCUUUCCCUUACCUUUCUUCCCCUCUCUCUCACCCCUCUCACCCCUCUCACCCACUCUCUCCCCGCUCUCUCCCCCCUCUCUUCCCCCUCUCUUCCGCCUCUCUCCCGUCUCCCCCCUCUCUUCCGCGCCUCUCCCCUCUCCUCCCUCUCGUCCCCACUCCCCCUACCCGACUCCCUUCCUUGCCACUGCGUUUCGUCUGCUGCUGAGUCUCAUCUCUCCUGGAACUGCGGCUAUCAGAACGACGGAACAAGUGUGGAGUACUCCCGUUGUGCAUCAGCAACAAACGCAGCAGCUACACCAGCACCUGCCACAUCCUAUAAUGCAACAAAGAAAACAGCAGCAGCAGCUGCAGGAAGGACAGGAGUAACUUCCCCCAGGAGUGGCAUGCACUCACGCAUCACACCUCACCCCUCCCAUCCAUCGACUCGCACGGUAACUCCUAGCUUUGCUCCUGUUCCUUCUGCAGCAGCUGCCUCUGCAUCCACCCUUUCCGCUUCGACUUCUGGGACAGCCAGUGCUGCUACCGGUGUUCCUGGGCUGUGCAUGGGUGCUGCAUAG